AUGGAGUGUGGCCCCGGGACCGGGGUGCGCGGGCCGCGGCGGUACACAGUCCUUUUCUCACAUGGCAAUGCAGUGGACCUGGGCCAGAUGAGCAGCUUCUAUAUUGGCCUGGGCACACGCAUCAACUGUAAUAUCUUCUCCUAUGACUACUCGGGCUAUGGCGUUAGCACGGGCAGGCCCUCAGAGAAGAACCUCUAUGCUGACAUCGAUGCUGCCUGGCAGGCCUUGCGCACCCGGUACGGCAUCAGUCCAGAUAGCAUCGUCCUGUAUGGGCAGAGCAUCGGCACAGUGCCCACCGUGGACCUGGCCUCCCGCUACGAGUGCGCUGCGGUGGUGCUGCACUCCCCGCUCACCUCGGGCAUGCGUGUUGCCUUCCCAGACACCAGGAAGACCUACUGCUUUGAUGCUUUCCCCAACAUCGAGAAGGUGUCAAAGAUCACAUCGCCGGUGCUUAUCAUCCAUGGCACGGAGGACGAGGUGAUCGACUUCUCGCACGGGCUGGCGCUCUUUGAGCGCUGCCCCAAGGCCGUGGAGCCGCUGUGGGUGGAGGGCGCUGGGCACAACGACAUUGAGCUCUACAGCCAGUACCUGGAUCGCCUGCGCCGCUUCAUCUCCCAGGAGCUGCCCAGCCAGCGCGCCUAG